AACACCUCCUACGCUUAACGAAAAUGAAUUUUCAACUAAUCAUUAUAGUAUGCUUAUCAAUCAAUGACGUUGUCUUCUCUAAAAGAUUAAGAAUCGUUGGUGGUAUUGAUACAAAUAUAAAAGAAUAUCCUUACACCAUAUCCUUGAGAUUACAAGCUGCGCAACAUCUCAUUUGCGGCGGUGCUAUAAUAAGCCAGCAGCAUAUUCUUACAGCAGCUCAUUGCUUUGAUGAUACACGAUUAUAUGAAAUUUCAGUCUAUAUAGGAACGUCUUUGUCCACAAAUUACACAAUGCCAUAUUACAGAGUUUGCAACGUACACGCCCAUCCUAAAUAUGAUGCUAAGAAUGAAAUGGCAAUGAAAGCACAAUACGACAUCGCUGUUGCUGUGGUGGUACCAAGAAUUAUACUCAAUGAAUAUCAAAAUGUUGUAAGUCUUCCUAGAAGAAAUGUUGGGGUUGGUAAAACUGGUGUAAUCACUGGUUGGGGAAAAACAGGAUACCCUAUCGGAGAUACUUCAGAAGUAAUACAAAUGCAGACAAUGACAAUUAUUAAAAAUUCCGAGUGUCAAAAGUAUCUGCCGUUUCCAUUACAUUCUGAUCAACUCUGCGCCUUUCAAAGGAAAGGAGUUGGCGCAUGCUAUGGUGAUAGCGGAGCACCGUUAGUUGUCGAUGGAAAAAUUGUUGCCGUUUCAUCCUUUGUUCGUCCAUGCGCUAUUGGUGAACCGGACAUAUAUGUCAGAGUAUAUGCUUAUUUGAAUUUUAUUAAGCAGUCUAUGGAUUGCCCGAGCACUUCAUGUUGUUUAUCUUAAUACAAAUAAUCGUGAUAAUAAAAAAUAACAA